GAACGUGGUCUCUUUUACAAGCAAACACCGCUAAAUUUCUGCAUCACUUUGGACGGAGAUCUCUCCUCGUCGCCAAACUCUCCGACCCAUAAGUUAUUGACGGUUUUAUAAUUGUUAAGAGUGAAAAAAAACAUAUUAAUUUGUUAAUUAUGAACAAAUUUACUGUCGUUCUCGCUAUAACUGCAUUGAUCGCUUCAGAAGCCAGUGCUCAGAAUUUCAAAUGCCCCCCAAAAGACGGCCAGUAUGAGGAUUCCGUUCAGUGUGACAAAUACUAUGAAUGCGUAGACGGUGCAGCUGUAGCGAAACUCUGCCCCGAUGGUCUGGUCUUUGACCCAACCAUCAGGAAAAUCAACAAAUGUGAUCAGCCCUUCAAUGUUGACUGCGGAGACAGGACAGAACUUCAACCACCAAAGGGAACUCACAUCUGUCCCAGGAGGAAUGGAUUCUUCGCCCAUCCUGACGCCACCAUCUGCAAUAUCUUCUACAACUGCAUAGAGGGAGAUUACACAGAGAUCACGUGCACGGCUGGACUGCACUUUGACGAGUACACAGGCACUUGUGUCUGGCCAAACACCGCUCAGCGUCAGGGAUGCCAAGACAAGAGCAAGGAACUCAAGGAUGGAUUCACCUGCCCCAAAGAGCCCGCAGUCGACUCCACCGGCCAGACUGUGGCUCAUCCCAAGUAUCCUCAUCCCACAGACUGCCAGCGGUUCUACGUGUGCCUCAACGGCAUUGAGCCUCGUGAUCUUGGCUGUCAAGUCGGUGAGGUCUACAACGAUGAGACUCAACGCUGCGACGCCCCCGAAAAUGUGCCAGGAUGCGAAGAUUGGUACGCCGCAUCGGACGAGAAGAAGAACUAGAAUGAGAUAGAGCGUGAUUGGAGUAUUAGUCUAUCUUCUGCCCUUGAGGAGGAUUCAAAGAAUACUUUAGAAUUGAGCUCUCAACCAAUCCUGCCACAAAUCACAAUUCAAGACAGACUGUAAAUACAAUUAAUGUGUUUAUAAAGGGAUUUCAGAAAUUUGUCCAUAUUCUAUCAAUUCAAAUAAAUCAUGUACUAAA